AUAAUAUUCAUUGAAACUCUCCAUUUCUCUAAACUGUUCGUAGUUAAUUGUAAUUUCAAUUUAGUCAUACUGUGUCAAUUGAAAUGUUUUUCAAAUAGUAAUUAUAUCGGUUAUCUUGAGAUAAACAUUUGUUAGUAUCUAUCACGUCUAUCCAAAUUGCGUUUGAUGCGGUGGGAAGGGAUCGAGCUGUAAACAAUUUCAAUCAAAAAUACGCCAGUUACGUUCAGCGGCGCACAGCUAUGUCACCUCUACCACAGAAUGUGCUUUCGGAAGAUGAAGUUAAAAGCGUGCUUACAGAUGUUGUGCAGAAGGAAUGCAUUUCAGAGCCGGUCUACGCAAUCGACGCUGGCUCGAACAAAGGUGAAGGUUACGUGAGUUUCAUAACGCGAGUGGACGUGCAUAGCAAAGAAAAAGAUCUACACCUGAUCGUAAAGUGCGCACCGAAAUCGGACGAAUUCAGGUCCAUGUUUCCGGUGCGCAAAACCUUUGAGCGAGAAAUCUAUUUCUACGAGAACAUCUAUCCAACGCUGAAAGAGUUUCAAAAGGAGAAACGCAUCAAGGAUUAUUUCGACAGCUUUCCUAAAUUCUACAAAUCCAGUCUGAAGGAGAAGGAAGAACUUAUUGUGUUGGAGAACAUCCGCCUUCACGGUUUCCAACUGUUGGAUAGAAAAAUGCAAUUCGACGAUGCGCAUUUGCAAAUGAUCUUUCAGGAAUACGCCAAAUACCAUGCAAUAUCGUUCGCUCUUCAGUACUGCGAUCCGGAGAAAUACUACGAUUUGAGCAAAGAUUUACACGAUAUGUUCACUCCGGGUAUCUUCAGCUUCGACUUUUUCGGCAUGUUUGGCUCGUGCUUGGAUCAUAUCGAUAAACUAUACGAAGACGAAGAAAUUAAACGAGACAUCAACCAUUUGAAAGAUAACGUGCUGAAAUACUUCGAACAUAUUGUCAACAAUAAGGGUAAACGAGUGGUAAUAACACACGGCGAUUGCUGGAGCAACAACAUGAUGUUCAAAUACAGCGAUCCAAACAACCCAGGACAACCUACAGAUCUUUGCUUGCUCGACUUCCAAUUGAUUAGGAAAGGAUCUCCAGUUUUGGAUCUCUCCUAUUUCUUCUACGCAGGAGGCCCCAAACAUCUGUUGGAUAAACUCGACGAUUAUCUAAAACUGUAUUAUUCAGUUCUCAAGAAUCAGCUUGAGAAUUUCGGCGUCGAUGUGAUGGAGAUCAUUACUUUCGAGGACCUGAAGAGCGACUGGAAGAUUUACAGCAAGUUUGGGUACCUUCUGGCACUGUUGAUCCAAAAAAAUGCGCUGACAGAAGGCGAUGAAAUCCUCGACUUAUCAAAAUUGAGCGCCAAUAAGACUAUGACUUUAACUGAAGCCUUCCAUCAAGAAUUCAAGAACCAAAAGUUUAUAAAUGAAAGGCUCAAGAAUUUAACAGAUCACAUGCACGAAAACGAUUUCCUCCGCAUUCAGUAUUAAAUAAUGUAAUUUCAAAUAAUAACUUUUUUUUUGUAAAAUAUAAAAAAAUGUUAUUCUCAUCAUCUUCUUACCAUGCAUACAUAAUUAUUUUUCGU